AAAAUGAUGGUGUGAUGCCGUGGAGGAUGAGGAGGAGCUCCUCUGGUGCUGAUGCUGCAGCUCUAUAUAAGCGUCCGAGAGCAUCAGAGCAUCAGUGUGUGUCGAGAUGUCCGACUCUCUGCUGCCCGCCUGUGUCCUCUGUCUGCUGGCGCUCUCAGCGCUCUCCUCCGCCUGCUACAUCCAGAACUGCCCUCGAGGAGGCAAGAGAUCCCCGCCAGAGCCCGUCAGACAGUGUCCGGCGUGUGGUCCGGGGAGUCAGGGCCGUUGUUUCGGCCCCAGGAUCUGCUGCGGGGCCGCUCUGGGUUGUCUGCUUGGAUCUCCAGAGACUCUGAGCUGUGUGGAGGAGAAUCUGCAGCCGGGUCCCUGUGACACAUUCGGGGCGUCCUGCGGGGCCCGGGGCCGAUGCGCCGCUCCUGGAGUCUGCUGCGACUCGGAGAGCUGUGUUCUGGAUCCAGACUGUCCUGAAGACCUGGGAUCUCUUCAGACGGAGGACGGCGAGGCUCUGAAGGGCUUUUCUGGAGAAAUGCUCCUGCGUUUGCUCAAUCUGGCGUCUCGGAGACAAAGACCCUUCUGAUCCGGUCUUUCAUUCACACACACAUGUUGCUCAGCGCUGUGUAAAUAUGUAGUAAACGGAUGUGAAAGUGAU